AUGGGAAUUUGUGGCCAUUUGGCGGUGCCUGGGAAAUGCCUUGUCGUCCUCGGACUUAAAUUGUUAUUCCUUGUACCUGCAGGAGUUCCAGCCAGAAGCGGGGAUUCUGUAUUAAAGGACAACAUCACCGUCAGACAGGGGGACAGCGCUGUCUUAAAAUGCAGUGUGGACAGUAAAGUAUCACGAGUGGCAUGGCUCAAUCGCACCACCAUUCUAUUCGCAGGAAGUGAAAAGUGGUCUCUGGAUCCUCGUGUAAUCCUGAUGGAAAACACAGCUGUCACAGAGUACAGCAUCAAGAUCCAAAAUGUUGACAUCCAUGAUGAGGGUCCCUAUGUCUGCUCCAUCCUCACAAACAAGAAACCAAAAUCCACAAAAGUGCAUCUUAUCGUUCAAGUACCCGCCAGGAUCACUAACAUAUCAAAGGACAUCACAGUGAACGAGGGCAGCAACGUUAAUCUUAUGUGCCUGGCAGUCGGUCGACCUGAGGCCAACGUCAUAUGGAAGCAUCAUUCACCAAGAGGCACUCACAAAUUUGUGACAGAGGGGGAACAUCUGGAGCUGACAACCAUCACCAAAGACCAGUCGGGAUCGUAUGAAUGCAUUGCUUCCAAUGAUAUCUCAAGCCCUGAUGUCAGGACAGUGCAAGUCACCGUCAACUAUCCUCCCUUCAUUUCUAAGGCAAGGAGUACAGGUACUUCAGUUGGACAAAAAGGUGUCCUGCAAUGCGAAGCCUCUGCUGUCCCGAGGGCAGAUUUUGAGUGGUACAAGGAAGACCGCAGGCUCUUCAAUGGACUAAAUGGGGUUAAGAUAGAGAAUCAAGGUAAACAGUCAAUGCUCGUCUUUUUCAACGUCUCAGAAGAAGACUAUGGAAACUACACUUGUGUUGCUAUGAACACCAUGGGAAUCACUAAUGCAAGCAUAAUCCUUUAUGGUCCUGGUGCGAUGCAUGAUGUGAAUGGGGCCAUAGUGUUGCCCCGUUGCUCCGUAUGUCUCCUGCUGACUGUAACUUUAUUCCACCUGCUGAAGUUCUGA